GAACAUAAAAGUAUUACAAAUUCUACUGAAGAUUUAACUUUAGUGAAUGAAUUCGUACAAGGUUUAUUACAAGACUUUACCUCACAUAAUAAUCAAUGUUGGGAAUCUAUAGAGAUAACCAGUCCCACAUCCAUAUCGGAAAACCUCCAGAAGCUCGCACAUUUAUUUUAUCAGGCAA